GUGAAUGGCGGCUGGUCUACCUGGUCAGAUUGGUCCUCGUGCAGCAACCGUUGUGGCCGUGGGUGGCAGAAGCGUACUCGCACCUGCACCAAUCCAGCACCACUCAAUGGCGGCUCUAUUUGUGAGGGACAAUCUUUCCAGAAGCUUGCCUGCACCACCAUGUGCCCAGUAGAUGGAGCUUGGACUGAAUGGAGCAAGUGGUCAGCCUGUAGCACCGAGUGCACGCACUGGAGGAGCCGAGAAUGCAUGGCUCCAUCUCCCCGAAAUGGAGGCAAGGACUGUAGCGGCGUCCUCCUUGAUUCCAAAAAUUGCACCGAUGGGCUAUGUAUGCAAAAUAAAAGAUUUGUAAGCGAACCCAAAACUCACCUACUGGAGACAUCUGGUGAUGUGGCUUUGUAUGCUGGCAUAGUGGUGGCCAUUUUCGUCUUUGUCGUUAUCUUGAUGGCUGUUGGGCUGGUUGUGUAUAGGCGAAACUGUCGGGAUUUCGACACAGACAUAACAGACUCCUCUGCUGCAUUAACAGGAGGCUUCCACCCAGUUAAUUUCAAAACUUCCAGAAAUGAUACCCCCCAGUUGCUCCACCCUUCAGUGCAGCCUGAUCUAACUGCCAAUGCCGGUGUCUAUCGUGGCCCUAUGUAUGCCUUGCAAGAUUCCUCUGACAAGAUCCCCAUGACCAACUCUCCAUUGCUUGAUCCACUCCCUAAUCUCAAGAUCAAAGUGUACAGUUCCUCCACAGCAUCUUCCUCCACUGGGAUGCAUGAAGGAGCAGACCUGCUAGGAGCCAUGACCACAGGCUCCUUCCCAGGAGACAGCCACAGGGAGAACCAUUUCAUGAACCUAAGAAACAAAAGUAUGGGCUCCCAGCAGCUUCUGACUCUGCCUCGAGAUCCUGGGAAUAGUGCUACAGGGACAUUUGGCUGCCUGGGAGGAAGGCUCAUCAUCCCUGGGACAGGUGUGAGUCUGUUAGUGCCACAUGGAGCAAUUCCUCAGGGGAAGUUCUAUGAAAUGUAUCUAAUGAUCAACAAAGCAGAAAAUAUUCUCUUUCCCUCUGAAGGCACACAGACAGUACUGAGUCCUAGAGUGACCUGUGGUCCUACGGGGCUGCUCUUAUGCCGCCCAGUCAUCUUGACCAUUCCACACUGUGCAGAGAUCACUUCCCCAGACUGGAUGUUGCAGUUGAAAACCCAGUCCCACCAAGGACACUGGGAGGAAGUUGUGACGCUAGAUGAAGAGACUUUAAACACACCUUGUUACUGCCAGCUGGAACCCAAGUGCUGCCAUAUCCUGCUAGAACAGCUUGGAACAUACGUCCUUGUGGGAGAAUCCUAUUCUAGGUCGGCCAUCAAGAGACUGCAGCUGGCCAUCUUUGCUCCCACCCUCUGUACCUCAUUGGAAUACAGCCUCAAAGUAUAUUGCUUGGAGGACACACCUGAUGCUUUAAAGGAAGUGCUUGAAAUCGAAAGGACUCUCGGCGGCUAUCUAUUAGAAGAGCCAAAGCCUCUGCUGUUUAAGGACAGUUAUCACAAUUUGCGCCUCUCGGUUCAUGACAUCCCUCAUUCUCUUUGGAGGAGCAAACUCCUAGCCAAAUAUCAGGAAAUCCCUUUCUAUCACAUUUGGAGUGGUAGUCAGCGGGCAUUACACUGCACCUUCAGCCUUGAGAGAUACAGCCCGGCUACUACAGAACUCACUUGCAAAAUCUGUGUUCGGCAAGUUGAAGGAGAAGGGCAGAUAUUCCAGUUACAUGUUACACUUGGAGAGAACUCCAGCUCCUUUGAUGCCUUGCGGUCCCACACUGGUGGUGCCAUGACAACCCAGCUUGGACCACAUGCCUUCAAGAUUCCUCUGUCCAUACGGCAGAAAAUCUGCAACAGUCUUGAUGCUCCUAACUCCAGAGGGAAUGACUGGCGGCUCCUUGCCCAAAAGCUUUCUGUGGAUCGGUACCUAAAUUUCUUUGCCACCAAAGCCAGCCCGACUGGGGUGAUCCUGGACUUAUGGGAAGCCCAACAUCAAGACGAUGGAGAUCUUAACACUCUGGCCAGUGCCUUGGAAGAGAUGGGCAAGAGUGAGAUGCUGGUUGUCAUGGCAACAGAAGGAGAGUGUUGAUGCAACUGCUGGAGACUUCCAGCCACGUUGAGGAUUGAGUAAGAGAGGGACAGGAAGAAAAAAUAACUUAAAAGAGAGAAAAAAAGCUCUUUGGAACCAGUGGGAAACAGUUGCAAAGAAGGAGCAGAGCCAAGGCGCUGAAGGAUUCAACUCAGGUUUCUUCUCCUUCUCAUACUCCUCCCUCAUGAAAUCACAAUCAGCCUUAGAAAUUGCGGAGUUUACAAGCAAUCCAAGUGUUAAAGACUCCUUCCUCCUAUUCCUCACAGCCUUUGGAUUACAGCUUGAAAGCAAUGCAUCAUUGCUAACGGUGACCACAGCCUCAGGCGGCAGUGUCUUCUUCAAAUCUCUGUUGUCUCUGUGGCUUAUUAUGAGGGCUGCUGGAAUCUGGGCUGUUAAUUUGUUUGGUUCUUUGUUGAUCUCUUCUCGACUUUCUCUUUUCCCAUUUCCUACUUUGCUCUUAUUUCUUCUUUUCUGGCAUUUAUGCUUUGAAGAGUUGAGUACAAUUUAGUGAAGACAACUCCUGUCAGAAGCCUCAGACAGCUUAAA